GCAUUUAAUUAAGGUGUGAAUAUAUUCUCACUGUAAUGUAUGUAUAAUAUAUUCAGGAUACCAAGAUAUUCUCACUGUAAUGUAUGUGUAAUAUAUUCAAGACACCAAGAUAUUCUCACUGUAAUGUAUGUGUAAUAUAUUCAAGACACCAAGAUAUUCUCACUGUAAUGUAUGUGUAAUAUAUUCAGGAUACCAAGAUAUUCUCCACUGAGGAUCUUGGAAAACUACCAAGUUCUCUAGGGGGAGGUAAUCUGACAACUUACAAGGAGCUGUGUUCCCUGGCCAGUGACAUGGGGCAACCAGAGAUGAUAUACCAGUUUAUGCACCUGUCUAAUCACAGCAGUAUAUGGAGUGAUAGAAUUGGAGCGGCGUUUGGAGUGGGAAACCUGGUGAAGUGUGCUGGGAAGGAGUUGGAACCUUAUCUCGCUAAUAUCAUACCUAGGAUAUACAGGUACCAGUACGACCCCAAUCUGAAAGUGCAGCAGUCGAUGAGUAAUAUCUGGAGUGUAAUGGUGUCUAAACCAAAGGAGACAGUAGACAAGUACCUGAAAGAGAUAAUAGCAGAUCUGAAGACUAAUAUUCACAGUCGCAUGUGGAGAACUAGAGAAUCUUGUUCUAAUGCUCUAGGUGACUUAGUAAGAACCAGAACACACGAUGAUGUGAUAUUAUCUGAGAUGCCAGAGUUCUGGCUUCUUGUUCUAAAACUAAUGGACGAUAUCAAAGAUAGCGUCAGAAAGAGUGCCGCUAAAACUGCAGAGGUACUGAGUAAAGCUAGCGUGUCUGUGUGUAAAAUUGAGCACGGUGCGCGCGGUGCACGUGCAAUAUCCACCAUCCUUCCUAUUCUACUUGACAACGGGAUCACCUCCUCUUUGGUAGAAUUGCAGACAAUUGCCAUAGUAACUGUAAUGAAGAUAAGUGAGAAUGCAGGAAAACUGCUCUCCCCUCAUGUACAUGUGAUCAUACCCGCGUUUAUUGCUGCCUCUGCAAACAUUGAACCCAAAGCUUUUGGUCAAGUAACCACUAUGGUGUCGGGGAGUACGGAGGAUAAAGAUAAGCUGGAAGCUGCACGUGCAGCAUUAGCGAUCAGCUCGCCCCUAGUCGCUGUUAUAGAUAAAUGUAUAAGGUGUGCUGACGAUUCACAACUGGAAAUACUGGUCCCCACUGUGUCCUCCCUCGCUAAGAGCACUGUCGGGCUCACUCCCAGAAUAACAUUACUCCAUACUGUGUCCCUCCUAGCUGUCUACAAACAACAGGACCUGACUAAGUGGGUUGGCAAGCUGAUGGGGGCGAUGUUUACUGUUUUGCUGGACAGAAGUCCUGCCGUCAGAGAUAAAUGUGCUGCUACUGUCGCUGUUCUUAUUAGGUACGCUAAGCCCAGUACAGUAGAUAACGUAUUGGAUAAGCUCCGUGGCUGGUAUCUGGAGAAAGAUGACACUGUAAGACAGCUGGUUGCCAUGGUGAUGAACAAGAUAACGAACACUGCUCCGGACGUUUUGAGAACAGUGCACAGUGCUGUAGUGCCGAUAACACUGUUUGGUAAGCACAGUAAGGAGGAGACGGAGAGAGCACAGUGGGAGAUGGUUUGGUUGGAGCUAGGAGUCAGUGAUCAGUCUGUUAUCCUCCUCUACCUCUCUGAUAUCUCCUCUCUUUGUUCCCUCUCACUACAGUCCACCAGCUGGACUAACAGGAUACAAGCUGCUGAUACUCUGGGAACUGUAGCUACCGUCCUGGGUCCCAGUUAUCCUCCUCUACAGAUCCCUCCUAAUGUGGACCUGCUGCUCGCUGCUACUGCUGCCAGAACAUUCCCCGGUAAAUCAGCCAUCUUGUCUGCUCUGGCCAAGACUCUUACCUCCCCUAAACGGAGCAAAGUCUCGGAUCUGGGGGUGGAGGAAGAGAAAGUGGUGUCAGUGUUCCUGAGGGAGUGCAGGAAGAAGGACAGCGAGUACGUGAGUCAGGUGAUGCGGUCUCUGGGGGACGUGUUGUUAGGGGUGGAGGUGACUGACUGUUGGAAGGAGGUGUGGGAAAUAUGCUCUGCUUACUUGAUACCUCUCCCAGAGGAUGAGGAGGAGGAGGGGGAGGAGAAGAAGGAGAAGAGGAAGAAGACGGAGACCUUCACCAUACAGAGCCUUCCUCAGGAGUCAGCUGUGUUACUGUUGGGCGUGGGAUGGAGGGUCUGCCAAAACAAGUCCGAUAAGAUUGUGGAGCUGUGCGAGUUCCUGGCUGGGAACAUGAGGAUCUGCACGUGGAAGAUACAGAUAACAAUGCUGUGCUCGCUUCAACACGUGCUGCAAACAUUGGACACGAGCCAAGAACACUCCACGGAGGAGCUGAGGAGGAGUGUGUACCAGGCAGCAAUACCGGGUGUGCUGAGAUGUGUGGACGACACUAAACACACCUCUGUGAGAAGCCUGGCGCUGAAACUGACCGCUCUUAUCUUCAACUCCUGUAAAACUGAAGGAGUAGUUGUGGGCACUGAGAUUGUUAAGAACGUGUUAUUGCAUGUUAGGGAUCAGGUGAGUUUGGAGGGGAACCAGAACUUGAAAUCUCAGGGUAUUGAAAUCGUGAGUUUACUUGAGAAACAUUUCGUGGCCAGUUGAAUCUAAGAAGGCCAUAAUUUACCAUAAAUAUAAUCUAUGAAAUAUAUUUACACCUGACAUUUAUAAAUACCAGAAACGUUCGUAUACAGUGCGCUAAAUUAGUAAAGUAGUAAGAGCCUAUAUAGUGUGUAGUAGUUCUCAUUAAAUGUUACUGAGAUUCUCGGUUUUACUUAACUUGCUUUGUUUGGUUUAUUACAUCAGUUUUUCAAUUUGAUAUUUAAUACAAUAAUUUGUUUACAUUAAAAUACUAAAUUAAUACAGUAUAGCUGUAGACAACCAUCUCUUUAAUUUGCCCCACGUGCUCCGCGUGUGGAAAGGAAAAUUAGAAAUUCAACUUGUCAACAGCAUAAUUGAUAAUAUAAUAUGUGAUAUAUUUGAUACUGUUAUCCAUUAUCACUGUCCCAAACGCACUUCAAAACCUUUAAACAGUCAUAUUGCUCAACUCUAUGGACUUAAUUUUUCUCUUAUUUGUUUUCUAUUAUUUUCAUCAAAAUGUGACCAAAAAUGUAAAUAACAUUGACCAAAAAUGUAAAUAGCAUAAACAUUAAAUUUACUGGGGACCACCUGCCCCACGCCAUGUGGUCUGCGACGCACAAGUGCGUGGCUGCGGCUUUUGUUAAAUCGCUCCUAAAUUGUAUGCCUACAAUGGAAACCUUCGCGCGUCUCCAGUCUCCGGACGUCCGAAAAUUUUUGCAAUUUAGCAAAAAAAGUUCCAUUUAUUUCAAAUCUUUGAAUUUUAUUUUAACUCUUUGAAUUUUAUUAUUUAUG